AAAGGGCAACAUCCAGUAGGGCACAGGACAGAUGAUUCCACGGAAACUGCCUAAAAAGAACCUGGAUGGCGAGAGCUUUAUGCAUUGCAUAUAUUGCCAAGGACUCUUCCUAAAAAAGACUCUGUGGAGACAUGUGAAGGUUUGCAAAUUCAAGCCAUCUGACGUGAAGCCCAAACCUGGAAAAACCCGUGUGCAGGCUCUUUGUGGCUUUGCACAGCCUCCCCCACCAGGUGUGACUCACGGCCUUUGGAAGCUGUUGAAUGCCAUGAACCAAGAUGAAGUGGCACUUGCAGCUAGAAAUGACUGGUGCAUUUUAGAGCUGGGGAAGCAUCUUUACAACAAGCAUGGCUCAAGAGUUAAGAUGCAUGAACAUAUUCGUCAAAAGAUGAGAGAGCUUGGAAGACUCCUAAUAUCUGCAAGAGAGGUAACACCCCUUAAAUCUAUUAAAGAUCUCAUCCAUCCCAAAAACUUCAUGCAUACUGUUAAUGCAGUUAAAAGAACAGCUGGAUAUAAUGAAGAAACUUCUGAGUAUCAAACAGCUAGUGUCGCUGUGAAACUUGGACAUAGUCUAAGCAAAAUCGCAAUGCUUGUUGAGAGCCACUCUACCAUCAGUGGAGACAAAGCAACAGCAAAAGUUGCAAACAGCUUCCAACAACUGUAUCAGUCCAGAUGGCCCGAAUACAUUUCCUCAUCAGCCCGGCGAACACUUGAGGAAGCGAAGUGGAACUCCCCAUCUUUACUUCCAUUCACUGAAGAUGUUAAAUGCCUUCAUGUGUAUCUUGACGAGCAAGAGAAAAUUUACCGAAAACUCUUGUCAACACAGCCUUCGUCUCAGCAUUGGUCAAAAUUGGCCAAAAUAACAUUAACUCAGAUGAUGCUUUUUCAUUGAAGACGAGAAGGGGAAGUUUCACAAAUGCCCUUGUCUGCAUACACCUCCAGCAACCAAUCAGAGGCUCAUCCAGAUAUUAGCAUGGCCCUUUCAGAGUUGGAAAACAAACUGUGUCAGUACUUCAAGCGAAUAGAGAU